UAUUAGGAAAAUGUUAUGUGAAAAGAAAAACGUGUUUACAUUUUUAGUUUUUACACAAUGUUAUGCCAUUAAAAAUUGGCACUUAUAAAAUUUCAUUAAUAUAAGAAAUUAAACUGUGUAAUUAAUUGAAAAUAUUUAAAAAUGUCUGAGUAUACAUCAAAGACGGGUUUGUCAUCAAUACUAAAAAAUUAUUCGUCAGUUGAACGGGACAAAUUAAAAUUAACAGCCAUUAAUAAAGUUCGUUUUGGGUUACCUAAAGAACGAGGAUUGCUGUUUGUCGUAGAAGAUGUUAUAAACAAUGAUAAUUAUUUUCAUUAUCGCGAGUUUCUUGAGUUUCUGUCUAGUGAAGAGGUUACCGAUGCCGAUUUCUUAAGAAUUAUAAAAGAUGGAAGAAACGUUAUUCAUUCUUUAAAAUUUGAAACUUUUCCUGGUCUUAUAGAAGCUCUGAUGUCUUUAGAUUGGAUAACGAGAGAUGAAAAAACAAUAGAAUGUUUUAAAGAGUUCGUAGUAGACAUUUUGGUAGCUCAUAAUAAAUAUGCAAAUAUAGUAAUUACAAAAUUAAUAAGUCUGUGGAUACCUAAUGAAAGCACUAAAGAAGAAUGGCUUAAUGGUCCUAAUAAGAAAAUAAUUACACAUCUAGAAAAUGUACAUGAUUUGAUAUUGCGAUUAACUAAUGUUAUGCCAAUAUUAAACACUAUUGUAUGUGAGACAUUAGAAAAUCUGUUUCCUUAUUUCAAGAAACCACCUUAUCAAAUUGGCGGUUAUAUCUACAAUUGUUUAUGGCUGCUACGAUACAGACCAGAUUUCAUGAAUGUUGUGAUUGAUUUACUUAUUAGAAACCUUUUAAAAAUGGAUGUGAAUGCACCUAGGAACGAAAUUGAAGAAGCUGAAGACGAAUAUAAUACGAACAAUGAUAUUGCGGAAGAAGCGAUGUUUCAAAUAGAAGGGUUUAGUGGCGACACUGCAGUUACAAUGGUACACGAAGUAGCCGAAGUUUUAGAUGUGUGUUUGAAGCAAUUAUUUGAAUUUUCUAAAAAAAUUUAUGAUGAUUCGAUAGACUCUUCAAGACAUAAAAAACGGGGAAAACUUAAUUUUAGCAAUUAUUUUAGCAUUUUAUUAGAAGUUUUUGGAACUGUGAUUCUUCCCAGUCAUAACACACAUCAUGUUCAAUUUUUGAUAUUUCACUGUUGCAGUUUUAAGUUUUCCUUAGCAGAAAAGUUUUUAACAUUUCUAUGGGAGAAAAUAAUAAAUCCAAAUGUUUCUGCACCUAUACGACAAGUUUCAAUUGGUUAUCUAGCUAGCUUUUUAUCGCGCGCAAAAUAUAUUCCUUUAAGUGCUAUAAAAAAUUACUUAUUAUUAUUAAGUAAUUGGGCUCAUCAGUAUAUUGAACGUAGCGAUAGUAUUAGAUCAAAUAAUUCAUUGAAAGCCAAUUUAGUUUUUUUUGCUGUAUGCCAAGCAAUAUUUUACAUUAUUGCAUUCAGAAGUAGAGAAUUAACAAAAGAUAAGUCAAGUUUAUUGUUCUUGCAGUCUCUUAGAUUACCCGCUUUAGUAACGUGCACUUUUAAUCCAUUAAGGGUAUGUCUUCCAGCGAUAGCAACCGCUUUUGCAGGUGUUACUAGAACUUAUCAAUUGGCAUAUUGCCAUACUAUAUUAGAAAGAAAUGCACGACGCAAAUUAGCAACUGUAUAUGCAAAUGAGCUUAUGACACCUGAAGAAUGUUUGGAUACAUUUUUUCCAUUUGAUCCUUACUUACUUAAAAAAUCUGGUAAAUUUGUUGCACCAUUAUACUUACAAUAUCAAGCGAAUGACAUCGAAGAAACUCAUGACGACUCAAUCGACAAUUCAAUGAAAAUGAAUCGCAGAAAACGUGGGGACUCGGAAAUGGAAGGUGAUGAUGUAGAUGAUUUUAUUAUGAAUGAUAAGAAACUUAAAAGUGAACUAUCAAGAAGUCAUGAGAUGCAAUUUACUUAUGGGUUAUCACCAGGUUUUCAUUUUUAAAAAAAUAAUGGAAAAUAAUUUAAAAUUAUGUGAACUAUUUUUGUAUUUUUUUAAGUUCUUGUAUGUAUAAAAACUUUUUAUAUGAGAAAUUUUGUAUUGAAUAGUUUAUUAACGAAAAUAUCAGUACAAGCAACAACUUUUUAAA